CAGAAGUAAAUUUGUGGUGAAAUAUUACCUUUUGGCAUGUAAUUUGAAUCUAAUGUCAGGCAAUUUACCAGGCUGUCACCAGCUUAUAUAGUAAGCUUUAUAUCUGUUACAUCAAAUCAUAAUUAUUCAAGGUAACAUGCAAAUGUCUUACCACCACUCCCACCUCCUCCCCUCCCGAGAAAAAGGUGGUAGGUGGAGGACUCCGUAGAUAAUUCUGGCACAUUGAUUUUUUUUUCGCUGCAGCAUAAACAACUUAGACGGGUACCCUAACAACACAACUACAACGUGUAUCUGAAAAUUCGAUAAGUCAGGGAUACAGUCCAUCAGCGACAAGAAAAAAAAGAAGAUGACUGAGGAGUGAUCUGUGCAAAACACAGACGAUUUUUGUGGUGUGCAUGCUGUAAACCUUUGAAACUCAGUACCUUGUCAAUGUCAUGAUUAAUAGAAGAAGCUAAGCCUACAUAAAUGAUUCAGUCUUUCGCAUUCAAUCUGCAUCUCUCUGAGAAACUAGCCACACGCACGGGUAACCGAGCAACUGAAUAAUCAGGAUGACCUCCAGCGGAAUGACUCGGGCCGCUGAUGACAGCCUGCAUCCAGGUGCAGAAACUCCCAGGAUCACACGCGUAUGAGCAGCGGGGAAGCAACACCAUGGGGACCGGUGCAUCCAAAGAUACUGCCGCAACGCUGAUGCCAAGCCACCACCACAAGAUUAAGAAAAACAGUAGCAGCACUUGGACUUCUAAGUCACAGCCUCCCAAGAAAGGAAAUACAGGCACCACAGACAUCGUUCGUAUAGGUCUGACCAAACUUGGCUUCUCCCCAGCAGAAGUCACUGUUAGUGAAGGACAGAGCAUCUCAAUACAUUGGAGUGCAGCCUUGGGCAGCAAUGGGCAUAAUAUACGGCAGGUUGUAUUCGACGGCCAGGCUGUGCAUUCUGUGCAAGGAGGUUACAACAGCGGUCCCCUGACCCAGGAUGGUAACUUUGACAUUCAGUUCAAUCUGCAAGGAGAAUUCAAAUUUGUCAGUGAAGGCUAUGAGGCAAACAGUGGCAAGGUUCUCCAUGUGACGGUGAGAUCAAGACACUAUGUGAUGGCAGAGCUGACAGAGGAACGAUUUGUUCCCAGCUUGCUGCACAUUGAGCAGGGCAACUCUGUCAAGUGGGUGUGGAACUCCAUCCAUCAAGCACACUCUGUCAGGGAAGUCAAACUGUGUCCCAAGCACUGCGGCAUCCUGCAGACAAAUGGAGGGACCUCAGCACCCAUGCAGUCUGGAUCCUACAAGCAUGAGUUUCCACAUCCAGGCCUGUUCUACUUCCAGACAGAGGGGCCAGAGGAUGGCGAGAUGCAGCUGUGUGUGGUCCACGUCAAGGAAACCCAGCGACACCACUUCGUGGAGGUGACAGACAGACGAUUCAACCCCAGACUGCUCACGGUGUCACAGGGAGAUCGGGUCUGGUGGCUGUGGGAUAGAUUCAAGUGCAAGAAGAAGCACCGUAUCCAGCAGAUGGAAGUUCCGACCGGCCAUGCUGUCAGUGAUCCGUUCCCAAGACCUGUCAAAGGGGGAUUCAGCAGUGAUGCUCCUAGCCGAGCUGGUAUGAUGUCUCACAUCUUCCAUGAGCCCGGUGUGUUCUACUACUGUGACAAUAAUUAUGAUGACAAUCGGGAGUACCUUGGUGUGGUGGUUGUCAAACCCAGGGCCAAGGAGCACCAUGUAGAGGUCACAGCGGAGGGCUUCUACCCAGAUCUGAGUGUGAUCAACAGUGGAGAUAGGAUCUGGUGGAACUGGGAUGUGGAUAACAUCCAGGAUAGCUUCUCUGUCAUGCAGGUGGAUAGCUGUGUAGCAAGCGACAAUAAAACUGUUGCUGAAGUAGAUUGCAACAAUUUUUGCACCCACCUUACACCAAAGGCAGCGGAGAUGAUCACCAACAUAGGACUGGCCACCGUGCAGCUCAGCACGCCUGGAGUAUUCCAUUACAGGGUAUCCGAUACCCCCAUCACUGUGGGGUGCUGCUCUGUCAUUGUUAACCCAGGCCAGAAGAAUCAUUGCAUCACAGUCAGUGACACGGGCUUUGAACCUAAAGUCCUGCGGGUCCACCCUGGUGACAGGGUGUGGUGGGUGUGGGAGAACACCAAACAACAACAUAACAUCAUUCAGGUAUCUCGUCAUGGCCAUCCCACCAAGGAAGGUUUCUGCAGUGGCUUGCCCCAGGACAGCCCAGCGGCAUUCGUCAGACAGUUCAAUGCUGGCGCUGUAGUCUACUAUCAGAGUGUUGCUCUGCCAAAGCUGUAUGGUGCAGUAGUGGCCGUAUCACAAGCCCAGAUCCAUCAAGUGUUGGUGGCCAAGAACCACUUGCAGCCGGACCCAGUACUUGCCCAGACCUAUGACUGCGUGGCCUGGGUCUGGCCAGUACUCCGCAAGCAUGGUCUGACGCAGCUGACUAACACACAGCAGGUCUUUGAGCUUCAGACCUACACUCAAGACGUCGUCACACCAAGGCGCUGUUGUGCAUUGAGGUUCUCCAACCCGGGAGUCUACCACUACUACAGCAAAGCAUUCUCCAAUAAAACUGACAAGUUUAUGUAUGAGCACAGCAGUAAAACAGUCCUCAGCAGUGUGGUCGUCAGUAACCCCAGCGGUUCCUUCACUGUCAUGGUGUCCAGUAAAGGAUUCAAACCUCCUGCAGUCAGCAUACACAGGGGUCAAAGCGUACUCUGGUCUUGGAAAGGCAGCCAGUUUGAAACCCACAACAUCGUCCACGCUAAUCCCCCUUCCCAUGAGCGUCCCUACAGCCCCGUCACCGGUCCCCUUGCCUUCAGCAGCGGUAACCCACAGCCCAACAAUAGCUUCAUGUUCACAUUUGAGGAGCCGGGGACAUUCUAUGAGACGUCAGAAGGGGCCCCAGGUUGUGUCGGGGUUGUACAUGUUCUUGAUGAUGAGUCUCUCUCGGCAAUGCCCGUCAUCACGUCAAGUUCAAACGGCGGUGUCGUUGAACGUUUCCACACCGUUGAGCUCCAGUCUACAUGUACCUCACAGACGGCCAGCAUUCUCUAUACAUUGGAUGGCUCCAUUCCAGAACUUCACGGCAGUGCUACCAGGGUUUACAAAUCGGAGAAAGGCAUCUGUCUGAGGCGACCUGGUCUUCACAUCAUCAGAGCCAUAACAAUAAGCAACGGUCUGCUACCAAGUCCAGUCUACACUUCCAAACGAUUCUGGGUGCUCGAGGGGAACGUUGGCCACAGCUCGGAGGACGACGAUGCUAUUUCCAUGGCAACAGAUGACUUUGAAGCCGAGAUGCAGAACAAUGGUCCAGGACCUACCAACAAAUGGCAGUGGUGGAACUGUGUACCGGCCAUCAGUGGAUGGCUGCACAACUCCUCUGAUAACUCCAUUGAGAUCUACUGGGACCUGCCCAGUGUUCCUUACAGAGGCCAACUCAAGUCAUAUCAGCUCUAUGUGAAUGGAGUCUGCUAUCACAAUGACCUUCCACCGACUUGCCAUAGCAUCACUGUAGAUGGGUUGACAGGGAACCAGACCUACGUCAUAUCGAUCAUUGCACAGCCCAGGGACUCCACACUGCUACCGCAGGAAUCAAAUAAACUGAGAGUGACCUGCCCAUCUAUCUAUGAGCUCGGAGGUCCCAUCCUGUCCUGUGAGGUCACCGAUCAGGAAGACACCAUCAACCUAGUCUGGACAGCGCUGGAUUACCUGUACAGCGAGCCCACCAAGUAUGUGGUCUAUGUUGACGGCAGAGAGACACCCGUUGAGACCAAGACAAUCGGUGACUACAAGAAGUGCCAGCUGAUUCUACCUCACAGAGAGGUACAUGAGGCACCUCUUGCAGUAUUCAUACUGGCACUGCCUGGAGAGAAGCAAAGUACCGAUGUAUCAGACGGCUUCCUAUCCAAUGAGCUGCAGCUGAUCCUGCCACUCUGUCUGGACAACAUCCACCUGCCUAACGGUGGCAGCCUGGCAGGCAAGCCAUUCCUGAUCAUCAAGGAAGGACAGGGCAGACCUCCAGAUUCUAAGACUGACCUCUUGCUGUCCGUUGAGCAACGGGAGAGUUUUGAUGGCUCAGUGUCUACGCUUACUCAAGGCAAUGUCCCUCAAGAAGACUCCAAUGUUGCUGUGCCCAACAGAUCCAUGGAAUGUGAGGAGACUUUCAACCGCACAGGGACAGAGGUGCAGACGAACACCCAACAAGACACCGGCAUGGACAGUGAGCCCCAACACGCACAAAACCCAUCAGAUUCCGACAGCGUAAGCAAUGCAUGCAUGGACAUGAGCGCUAAGACCGGUCCCGCUGGUCCCCAGCAUUCUAUACAAAACCAUAAGAUUGGCCAUAGCAUGCCCGAGACCCCAGAUAAGGGAACCAGGGAAAAUUAUUCGGCAGCCGCAGAUGUUUCAAGCACCAAUAAAACAAAUCCAGUUGACCCAGAACAAAUAGAUAACACUGCUGGCAAACUUACCAGCUUGAACAUUUUCGAUUCUCAGCUUUCCAUCGGCAGAAAUCAUGCAGGCAGUAGUGAGGCCCAUGAUGAUUGUGGUAACUUAGAGGCCAAAUCCCACCCGAGUGUUGAAAAUACAUUCCCGGACCCCCAGCCCCCAAAGAUAACUGAAAAUUCGCAUCCCAAUUCCGAAACCAAGUUACAGGCCAAUGGUAGAAACGAGCACGUUGAUUCAAAGAGAGAAACUAAAAUCCCUGAUGAAGCCGAACUUGAUGAUGAAACUGGAGCAGUGUUUGAAACAAUGGUUGAAAAUAGGGGAUCAACACCUCCACCGAAUGAUGAUCAGGCUACAGAAAUUGCAGAAAACGUUUGCAAUGAUCAAGAAUUCCACACAGCUGAUGUUAAUGUUCAGCCCCCUGAAACGGCCCCGUUAAUUCAACCCAAUAAAAGCGAAACUGAUAGAGACAGUGGUGGAAUGCAUGCUAGUAGGGUAGCUGAAAGUGAUCAGUCUGUGUUGCAUGAUGGUGUGUCAUAUUGUGAUCACAGUGUAUUACCAGUGCAUGAGAACCCAGUAAAAAGCUCCAAUGAAAAAACUGGAACUGAGAAUUGCGAUCGGGAAAAAGGUCUCGUGGUCCCUAGUCUGCCCCAGCGUACCGCAGAGCAGAGAGUAGCGGAAUCAGAGCAAAGAGGCGAGGAACAAGACCACAAUGGACACUGUGGUGAUGACUGGCAUGGUGGUGAUGAGGCUAUAGCUGUGCAUGAUGAAAUAAACGCAGAAACUUUGCAUGAUGAUUGUGGUGGCAUUGGUAGCGGAGAACCAGUUAAACAGCAGCAUGAGACAGUCUCCCUACCAAAACCCAUUGUGAGUGUCCGCAGCCAGCCCACCACUGCAGAGCUAAACAUCCGCUGGCAGAUUGCAUCUUGUGAACACACCCCCUAUGGUCUGCAUCACUACAAUGUGUGCAUAGUGGGGAGGAAAUUUGAAAGCAGCAUCACCAGCCAUGCCAGGCAAGAAGUGUCGACAGACUCUGGAGAGACUGAGAUACAGCACAGUUGGAAUGCAGGCAGGGGACAAGUCUUUGUACCCACAGGACUCUCAGAAAACACAGCUUACAGGGUAUCAGUAAAUGCCACUUACCACCACAAAACUACCUCCCACCGCGGCCACGUCAAGCGAGUCUCCCACCCCGUGCUCUGCACCACGGGCGGCACACCCCAGCCCCCGUGCCUCGUGGCCCGCGCCGUGGGGUUACAGGAGGUCACGCUGGGCUGGGAGCCUGGCCGCUGCCAUGAGGACAUCGACGUCAUGGGGUACCAGCUGACGCGGAACGGCAAACCGAUGUCAGAGAUAAUACCUUAUGGCAAGAUGGAGAAGACCAUCAAGAACUUACAGCCGGGUGCCAAGCACUAUUUCACCCUAUCGAUGGUGACCACCAAUGCUGGCCAGACCAAAGCCUCCAACCUCAUCACCGUCACCUGUCCAGAAGUCCCUGACCCCCCAGCCAUCCGGCAAGAGCCCUCAACAGAUGACCGGUCUGCUGUCAUCGUGUGGCAUCGACAGAAGAACAAACAGCUCACCCAUUACCAGGUGUACAUUGAUAGCAAGCUGCAUGGGGAGGUGAAACCUAAGACAUCCAAGAAGCAUGCAUACCAGAAGUACACGCUGCGAAACCUGAAAGCAGACGGCCAUCAAUACAAAGUGACAGUCAAGGCCCAUGCAGGCUGGACCUCCAUGAAGCAGGACCAACCCACUGAAGUAACCUGUGGUGUCCUGAGCACAGAGUCCAACCAGCUCACCGUGGCCUGCUCCACAAUGCUACCUGUGUCUCUGGACCUGAGACUAGAGUGCAUUCACUCCGAUGGCGUUGACAUAGCGUGGGUGGUACCAGACCAGGACAAGGCCUCGGAAGUGCAGGGAUUUGUCAUUCUCAAGGAUGACCAUCCGCACAGCGGCAGUGUCCUACCUCCCAGCAUCACUCGCGCUACGCUGUCUAACCUGAAGCCUGGGAGCACUCCCACGGUCCAGGUUCUAGCCGUCACUAAGCUUCUAUCAAGCGAUGACGGAGACGAGCCAACUACAUCUGAUGAAAUAGAAGAAGCACUUAAGAAACACCCGCCGAGCUUGAUCCUACAGAGUCAUGUAAUGCGAGUGAAUUAUGAUCGUCUGGUGCAAGCUCCAUCUAGGAUCUGGUGUGAGCUGGUCACCGGCCACUCAUUCUUGGUGGUCUGGGAUAAAGGAAAAAAGCAACGCAAGCAUUUUGCACCUGCUGAACGAUACACCAUCACAUGGUGGGAGCUGUCAAAGAAGUCAGGGGAACCACCUCAGAGCAAAGUAACGGCUGAUGACCACUUGCUAAUCGAUGGGCUAGACCUCGGCACCAAGUAUUGUGUAACUGUUCAGGCCCAGGGAAGGCACACCCAGUCACACAGGCAUAAAGGCAGCCAAGAAACCAAACCCUAUGAGGUUCCCAUCCUGAGCCAGACCGAGUCCAUCACUGUCACCACGGCCAGCCCCCCUGAUCCACCCAGCCAGCUAACCGUAGCCUCCGUAGGCUCACACACUGUCCAGCUGAAAUGGGAUCCACCCACAGAGAAGGGAGCUGAAGUCAUCGGGUUACGGAUUUACGUCACAACGCAGAGCGACGAUAGCUCCCUAAAGACGGUACAGUACCUUGAUCUGCUACCAGAUGCUACCUCAGCAAUCAUCAAAAGCCUGCAGGAAUCCGCCGCCUACUCCCUGCACCUUGUCACCAUCACCGACGAGUUUUUCAACGAGGGCGCUGCGUCUGCCGAAAGCCCCCGGACGAAACUGCGGAGCCUCCCAGCAGACUGGAAUCUCACACCCAAGGAUUCUAUGUGGCUCCCGUGCAUCAGCGUUGACACCACCACGACCGGUGUCUCGCCACCGAGCGACUUGAGCUGCGCUUUUGAUCACGGGGACGCGGUGACUCUGACGUGGAGGGCGCCAGAGCAGAGGACAGUGACGAAAUACGAGGUGAAAUGGGCCGAGGUGAAGAGCGGGGAAGGCCUGGCUUCAAGCAGUGACCCCCACCAAAUCCUUGAAAUUCCGAACGCAGAAGGCACAACGUCGUGCGACAUUGAAGGCUUAACCAAAGGCACGAGGUACUGUUUCACAGUCGUCGCGGUCAUCGCAGAGCCGGACUUUGGAAAGCAGAAGCAGGAGAGCUCAAAGAAGAAAGGGAAGAGGCGAAGCCAGCAUUUCAGAGAGACCAUCGUUAGGCUGGCCUCUGAGCCUUAUGUAGUCAGAGUGCCCGCCCCUUGCGUCGCACCGGAUGUGGUGCUCACAGGAUUUGGUCCGUCUUGGGCAGAUAUAUACUGGGAGAAACCAGUGCUGAUUUCCAUCCUUAAAAAUACAGACGAUGAGUCUGGCUCCAGUUGUCUCCGAUGCACCCUCCUAGGCUACACGCUCGGCGUCAACGGCGUCCCCUAUGCGCACCUCAAGCCCAGCACCAAGUGCUACACUGUCAACUGCUCGCCGGGCAAGACCUACGAAAUCUGCCUGACAGCUGUCACGACAACGGACAGGAGCAUCAGCAAGACACUGAAGUGGGGUAGGAACCACGACCGCCUGGUCUCGGAUGAGUUUGAGGAGGUAUGCGACAGGGCCACCUCAGAGACGGUGACUGUCACUCUGCCGAAACAACAAUCAGGGAAUAUCAUAGAAUUUGAAGCCAAGUUCCAUCCCUCGUCAGAAAGACAGAGUGAGGAUUCUGAUGAAAGCAAUGAUCUGCAAGGUGAUAUUCACUUGAACUGGGCGUUGCAGGACUGCGGAACAGCUGAAGAGCAAGGCAUUGUUGGAUAUGACAUCACUUGGUCCAAUGACUUUGAUGAUGCGGAGCGAGUGGCCACCCUGCCGCCCACUGCCACCAGCUACGACAUUCCAGUCUACCAUAACAGGUGCAUAUACAAGAUGACUCUCCACGCCAGCCAGUACGAUGACAUGUGGCAGGACGAGCCUAGUCCCAGCAUUCAGUGCGUCAUCCCUGGACCCCCGGACCCGCCUGCGCUGUGCUGCACCUCGGCCAUGCAGGAGGAGUUUAUACUAGAGUGGGGAGAGCCUAGGAUGUAUGGAGGGGUUGGCAUCAGGGGUUACCAGGUUUACAUGAAUGACAAGAAGGUCGGCCAGGAGCUGAGUGCAUCUCACUACAAAGCAGCCAUCCCCUGCCGCCCCAACAGAACCUACCACAUGAGCAUCGUUGCCCUUAGUGCCAACCCCCGCUACAGGGAUUCUGACAUAUCAGAUGAGGUCCUCAUCACCUGCUGGUCCCCCGAGGCCCACCCCGCGCACCCCUCAUCGGGCACCGCCGCACAGAGGGGCCAAUACCGUGGGCAAGGGGACGGGUGCAGUAAGGGGUUGCUCUGCCCAGAGGAUAUCUCUGUUGGUGUGCUGGAUCUGACAGAGACGAGCAUUGUGCUGGAGUGGAGGCUGCCGCUGAUUGGAUUGGAGAGUCAGGAGCUUGUGGAUCGUAUCAAAGUCAUGUGGAGCAGUGUUGCAAAGCCUAAGGAGCUGGAAGCUUUGCUGAAACCCACGGCCACCCAGUACACCAUCAGGGGCUGUGCGCCUGGCACCAAUCACUUUGUGGCAGUGACGGCCAUAGACAAAGCUGACAGGGUGUUGCACAGAUCCCGACAGGUCACUAUACAGACUACGGCACCGCUCACUGCGCCUCAUCUCAGGAUAAGGUCCUGCACCUACAGCGGCUGCAUCUUGGAAUGGGACAAGCCCACGCAGUUUGGCAACGCCCACUUGGCCGGUUACCAGUUGCAAUUGAAUGGUAAAGAUCAUGACAGGCUACCAGCUGGAACGUCCACAUAUCUGUUCACAUCGGGCAAGAUGUGCAAACAGUACCGCUUCACAAUACAGGCCUUGUGCAGUAUUGCCCAUCUUCACAGUCAAGCAUCGGAGCCGGCUGUUGUGACCUGGCCAGGGGUCGUGCCCCCUGCCUUACACCGAACGGCUACCACCAAACUCAAUGCCAUCAAAGUUACAUGGCCCGAGCCUAAAGCCACGGGGGGAGCUAAAGUGCAACACUACAAGGUGAUGUGUAUCGAAGACUUGGGCACCGGCCACAAGGCGACACCUCCGAACCGACGCCAGCCCCUCAAGACCCUCGGCCCCUUGCCUCCGGACCAGCGCUGGGCCGAAUUCCCCCACCUCUCUCCCCACGCUGCCCACACGAUCCUGCUGGACACCCACGUGGGUGGGAUGGGCAAGGCCCUGCGGUCCCGCCCACUGAGCAAGCAGUACGUGGCGCGGCGGCCAGCGCCCCCUACAGUCCGGGUGACGGUCAGGGGGUUGGAAGAGCGCCGGGCGCUUGAGAUCGAGGCCUGCCAUUUGGUCAAUGUCAGACACAGGCUGCUUCAAGAGUUGAUCAGCUAUCAGCAGGCAAGUAACCCGGGUCUACCGCCAGGUGACCUGGAAUAUGCAGACCAUACAACAGAGAUUUCGGAUGCUUUAUCAGCUCUGGCAGAGAUUGAAGAUCAGCUGUUUCAAGUCCUGGAAACACUCCUCCCAUACACAGGCACUGUAGCAGUGGAUGUGGAGUGGAACCCAGUUCAUGAGAACAAAGACGUGAACCUCUCUGGCUACAAGGUCUUGGUCAACGGCAAGCAGAACGGCUUCCUCCUACACUCAAACAUGGACCGUAUAUGUCUGCAGUUGAGUGCUUAUGAUGGCCUGCAUAAGAUCUGCGUGGUUGCCACCACCGACCAUCCAGUGGGAAACAGUGAGCCAUCAGAUGUCACCGUCGUAGACACUAGUCCAUUCCUGCCGUUCACCAGCUACUGCCUGCACUCAGUGCAUCGUAAGGACAGCAGGCACCCCCAGGAAGGCUGCUGCAGCUACCAGCAGACCCUAGCCUCGGAGGUCUCCCCUGGAUCCUCAUCCUCGGCCCUGAUCAUGGGUCUCCAUCAGCAGCUUGACCUGGCCAGCCGACGCAUCCCGCCGGCCUCGGUCACCGUGCUGGAUGUCUUUGACCGGUCCCCGCACCUCCUAGUCCCCACCAAGCUCACCAACCGCUGUCCAACCCUGCUACUGUUCUGGACACGCUGGUGUCUUGCUUCAAAGAAGAUGAUGGACUACUUUGUAGACUAUGCCAAAAACAGAGCAGGAAAGGUGAUAUGUCUUGCGUGCUGCUGUAACAGCAAAGAGUCCCCAAACUCUACCCACCUCCAGACCCUGUCACAGCAGAUUGUAAUGCAGGGCUGGAAAGAUGACAAUGUGAUUCGUCACAGCUGCAGCUGCAGCACCAGCGAUACAGGCCUGAUGCCUGGCAGUCGGGCAAGCUCAGCAAGCAGCUCUGAUAGAGGACAGAGUGGAGAGAAGGCAUCUGGUAAUGAGGGGAUGCCAGUUGGCUCAUUACCAUCUUCCGUUGUCAGUGUUGCUGAGCUGUUUGGUGUCCUAGCAACACCAACGAUAAUCAUCCUCCAUCCUGAAGGGUAUCUGGCCUGGCAAGGGUGCUUUGCAGCCUGCGAUCGGAGCUCCUUCACCACGAUGAUAGAUGAAACCCUGGACUCUGUCGUCAAGACCUCACGAAUGUCCUCACCUCGAUCAAAUUCACCCAAGCUUCCGUCUCGAUCCACAUCAGUGUCCUCGGUCACCGUCAGCAGCUUAGCCCCUCACCAAGCCCCGCCCCGCCAGUGGGCUGAGCCUCAGUCAUCCUCAUCUCGCACCCCGUCCAUCUCCACAUCCACCUCCUCCACCGCCUCCUCCCAGCUGAACGGCGCUGCCCCCAGGGCAGCGUCAGCCCCCCGCCACCGCAGACGCAGCCCAAGACAGAAGAAGAUGCUCAGCGUGGACCGCAGGCCGUUCUCGGCGAGCAAAGAAAACGGGUCAGCAGGUGGAAGAACGAAAUCAUCAGUGACAAUAUAGGCAGUGGCGUCGCCAAGGGGGGGCCAGGGGGGGCACGUGCCCCCCUGGAAAACCUAGUGCC